GGACCCACUUGGCUUGUGUCUCCGCGCGCGGUGUUGUUCCUCCUUCAGGUGCAGCUCGAGGCUCCGGCCCGGCGUCCCCCCCUCUCUCUCCCUCCCAGCGGCUGAAGCCCCCCCGGCCCGGGCUGAAGACUCCCGGCCUGAAGCCCCCGGAGGCCCGGCCGGAGAGAAAUGUGUCCCCCGCGCGCGGGGGAGGCGAGAGACGGCAGCGCGGAUAAAACAGAUAAGCCAUCAUGAUUCCCAUCACAGAGCUCCGGUACUUCGCCGACACCCAGCCGGCGUACCGCAUCCUGAAGCCAUGGUGGGACGUCUUCACCGACUACAUCUCCAUCGUCAUGCUGAUGAUCGCGGUGUUCGGCGGGACGCUGCAGGUCACGCAGGACAAGAUGAUCUGCCUGCCGUGCAAGUGGGUGGUCAACAUGUCGUGCGAGCCCAUGCCCGCCCCCAACCUGACCAUCCCCCUGGCGCCGGAGCCCAAAGGCAUCCAGUACGACCUGGACCGCCACCAGUACAACUAUGUGGACGCGGUGUGCUACGAGAACAAGCUGCACUGGUUUGCUAAGUAUUUCCCCUACCUCGUGCUGCUUCACACGCUCAUUUUCCUGGCCUGCAGCAACUUCUGGUUCAAGUUUCCCCGCACCAGCUCCAAACUGGAGCACUUCGUCUCCAUCCUCCUCAAGUGCUUCGACUCGCCGUGGACGACCAGGGCGCUGUCCGAGACCGUGGUGGAGGAGAGCGACCCCAAGCCCGUGGGGAAGAUGAACGGCUCCAUGGAAAAGAAGACGUCGAGCGUGAGCGAGGACGUGGAGGCCAGCGUGCCCAUGCUCCAGAGAACCAAGUCCAGGAUCGAACAGGGCAUCGUGGACCGCUCGGAAACGGGAGUCUUGGACAAAAAGGAAGGGGAACAGGCCAAAGCGCUGUUUGAGAAGGUGAAGAAAUUCAGGAUUCACGUGGAGGAGGGGGACAUCGUGUAUCGUCUGUACAUCCGUCAGACCAUCAUCAAGGUGAUCAAGUUCAUCCUGAUCAUCAGUUACACGGCCUAUUACGUGAGAUACAUCAGGUUCAGUGUGGUUUGCGCCGUGAACAUCGAGAAGCUCACCGGAUACAACAUGUACCACUGUGCUCACCCGCUGGCGACUCUCUUCAAGAUCCUGGCCUGUUUCUACAUCAGUCUGGUGGUGGUUUAUGGGAUCAUCUGCAUGUACACGCUCUGCUGGAUGCUCAGCCGCUCCCUCAAACGCUACUCGUUCGAAUCCAUCCGUGAAGAGAGCAGCUACAGCGACAUCCCCGACCUGAAGAACGACUUCGCCUUCAUGCUGCACAUGAUCGACCAGUACGACCCCCUGUACUCCAAGCGCUUCGCCGUGUUCCUGUCGGAGGUGAGCGAGAACAAGCUGAGGCAGCUCAACCUGAACAACGAGUGGACGCUGGAGAAGCUGAGGCAGCGCAUCACCAAAAACUCCCAGGAGAAGCUGGAGCUGCAUCUGUUCAUGCUCAGCGGCAUCCCGGACACGGUGUUCGACCUGGUGGAGCUGGAAGUGCUCAAGCUGGAGCUCAUCCCGGACGUGACCAUCCCCCCCAUCAUCGCCCAGCUGUCCAACCUGCGGGAGAUGUGGCUCUAUCACACUCCGGCCAAAAUCGAGGCUCCCGCUCUGGCCUUCCUGAGGGAAAACCUGAAAUCCCUCCACAUCAAGUUCACGGACAUCAAGGAGAUCCCCUUCUGGAUCUACAGCCUGAAGAACCUCAGUGAGCUGCACCUGACGGGGAACCUGAGCUCCGAAAACAAUCGUUACAUCGUCAUCGACGGGCUCCGAGAGCUGAAGAGCCUCAAGGUGCUGCGUCUGAAAAGCAACCUGACCAAGCUGCCGCAGGUGGUGACGGACGUGGGCGUGCACCUCCAGAAGCUCUCCAUCAACAACGAGGGCACCAAGCUGAUGGUGCUCAACAGCCUGAAGAAGAUGGUCAACCUGAUGGAGCUGGAGCUGGUGCGCUGCGACCUGGAGCGCAUCCCGCACUCCAUCUUCAGCCUGCACAACCUGCAGGAGAUCGACCUGAAGGACAACAACCUGAAGACCAUCGAGGAGAUCAUCAGCUUCCAGCACCUGCACCGCCUGGUGUGCCUGAAGCUGUGGUACAACCAGAUCGCCUACAUCCCCAUCCAGAUCGGCACGCUCACCAACCUGGAGAGGCUCUACCUGAACCGGAACAAGAUCGAGAAAAUCCCCAGCCAGCUCUUCUUCUGCCGCAAGCUGCGCUUCUUGGACCUGAGCCACAACAACCUGACCAGCAUCCACGCCGACGUGGGCUUCCUGCAGAACCUGCAGUACUUCGCUGUGACGGCAAACAGGAUUGAGAGUUUGCCCCCGGAGUUGUUCCAGUGUAAGAAGCUGCGAACUCUCAACCUGGGGAACAACUGCCUGCAGACGCUGCCGUCCCGCUUCGGGGAGCUGACGGGGCUGACCCAGCUGGAGCUGAGGGGGAACCGCCUGGAGUGCCUCCCCGUGGAGCUGGGCGACUGCCGCCUGCUGAAGAGGAGCGGCCUGGUGGUGGAGGAGGACCUGUUCAACACGCUGCCGUCGGAGGUCAAGGAGCAGCUCUGGAGGGCCGACAAGGAGCAAGCCUGAGCCGCCGGCGGACGGAAGCCCCGAGAGGGGAGACAGGAGCCGGGCGAACGGCGAGAGAGAGCCGCCGAAGGGCACCGAGCGGGAAGAGUUUCCUGGUGAGUGGAGGAACACGGGGACGGGACUGGAGGCAGGGAGAUGAGGCCCAGGAGGACUCAAUCAAGGGAUGUCGAAUAUGCAUGCCACAGCUGGACUCUUCUAAAGUAAACCUGUUCAUUGGAGAGCCCAAAAUAUAAAGAAUUAAGUCAAAACUUUGCACGAUUCAGCCUUGCCGAUGAAGCCAACGGGCUCACGAUCGCUACUCUGCUGAUCAUAGGUUAAUUGCACAAAAUAAUCCUGCUCAGAGCUGCGUCUGCCUUCCUCUGGCCUUCAGACUCACUUUCUUUCUUUGGGAAUUUUUACAGAGACGUUUGCAGCUGCUGCGUUUCUCAAGAGACGAGUGGAUAUUCUGGAAAAGCGUAACUGAGACCUUUUUUUUUUUGUUUGUUUUUGAAGCAUGAAGGUGUGGCUGGGUCACUUUCUCUCAGGCUCAACCUCCGUGAAACAAAACGACUCUGACGGAACACAAGCUCCGGCCUUAACACAGAAGACUGACGGAAGCCGCUCGGCUUUCAGAUCUCCAGAAGCGAACGUCCCAGUGCGAUGUUCAGUCAUUAAUUUGUAACGCCGGGCCGUUUGGCGACCACACAGGGCGCCACGGCGGAGGAACGACCCGCUUCACCAAACACAGUCAUGUGACACAUUAGUGAGUCUGUCUGGAGCUGAAUGCCUGUUUUAAAAAAAAGGUCAAAAAUUCAUUUUAAUGACUUUGGCGUCUUGUUCGGGCUUCUCCACAUCCACUGAUUUGUUGUUUUCAUGUGAGCUUUAAUUUGAAGCCUCCUGUCGAGCACUGUGGUCGGACAUCUCAAGUGACCUUUGUUCAUUUCUAGUUUAAUGCGUUCACGAACAACAAUACCAUACAGCACACAUCAUCUCUGUGUCGCAGCUGCAGAGACUCGAUAUUUAAACACUUUUUUUUUUUAAUAUUUUAAUUUAUGUUCGAGCUUGUACAGUGCAUCAACAGAACGCUACAAGGUACCGUUUAUUCUCAGAUUCUGAACUGAACCGAAGUGAGGGUGACCGUCUGCACCGAGCCUCGCGGUUCGUUGGUCGUGCUCGGUUUACCCCGGGACACCGUGGCCGUUUGUCAGCGAAGCCUCUGUCCGUUCCAGAGGCGCACGAGGACAAGCCGGAGAGCGAGGAGGUGAAACUGCUUUCAGCUUGCGGGCGAGGCCGAUGCAGAGAACGUGAUUUUCGUUCCAAAUUAGUGCAGCAUGCCUCGUCUGCUUGAAACACUUUUCUAGUUAAGGCCUGAGAUUUAAUAGCGUUGUUUGGAGUUAAUGUAUGUUUACUCCAGCCAGGCGUGUUUUGUUGCUAAUAUGGCCUUAGCUUUUACAAGCCUUCUAUUGCGUUAAUGAUCACAAACAUCAUCACGGCUCCGUUCUGCUUCUUUCUGCUGUUGUAAAAUGUAUAGCUGGACGUUUAAGGCCUUUGUUUCGUGUGUGUGUGUGUGUGUGUGUGUGCGCUCUUAUUCUUACCAGCUGUUUCUUUUUGAUUUUUUUUUUUUUUUUUUUACCCUCUUGAAAGGUUUCUUUAUUCUCGGUGGAUUUUGAAACUGGAAUGCCCUUCAGCGGGUCGCCGGUGACGAGCACCCACAGUCCUAACGUGCAGAGAAGGAGUGUUGAGUGUGUUGAGUAGCAACCGGCUUUAAAGGGGAAGCAAAGGUCACACACCCAGAAGAAAGUCAAAGAAAACCACCGAAUCGCCAGGUGACGCGCUCGUCUUAGUAAAUCUGAACGAUUCUUAUUUCUGGUGCCAAAUCAGAGCAGCAGAGCAGCAGCUCACGCAGACAAACGUCAUUUCGGUGAACCUUGAAAGUCAAGGUCAAAGCUCAACUCGAUGCAGUCCUUCCUUAACCUCAUUGCCAAAACUGUUAAAAGCGAUUUACCAGUAUUAAUCAAUCGUGGCCAAAACAUCUUAAAGCACAGCAGUAGCGGGAAUUUAAGUGUCAGAAGAUGAAGCCACGUUGCAGGAAGGAGCGGCGCUUCGCCCUCGUCCCGCAGCUCUCUGGUAACGGCUCGGACUGAAAGCCUUUGCUUCCGGUUUAAAGUUUAACAUCUUCUUUUGCUUAUUCAGCAGAAUGAUGUGAUCUGUGAGCGAGAAAGUGGCGGCGCUGCGAUCUACGCCCCGUAACGUGAGUGCUGGUGCCGUCUGCAGACAGGAAUCCCCCUUUUCUUUUACCCGUAUUUAAAUUAGAGCCCUCACACACGUCGAUUGUUUUAAUGAAUGUUUUAGUUUUAACAUGCUGGUUCAUGUCAGUGGAAGCUGGCUCCCCUCCACAAAAGUCAUAUAUUUAUUUUCUUUUUCUUUUUGUUUGAGAGAGAGUCUUACCUAGACAAGUCCAAAAUGAAUUCUAUGAAGAGUAUUAAUAGUUUAUAUUUCUCUAGAAGACGACGAGUGCCAUAGAGAGGGUCUUUCUUGGGGUCUUAAUGGGAACUCAGCCCGGUUUGAUCUCAGAAGAAGCAAAGGGACAACGCACAAAGAAGAAGUGAGAAGAAAAACAAGUUUCAAAGUAUACCGAAGUAAAGUUUUCAUGUUGCACAUAAAAUGAUUGACUGGGUUUCCUGGUUCCAGGUCUUGGCGGUUAUGCUGAGGUGUGUGUGUGGGAAGGGGGGGGGGGCUGGAUUACAUGAUCCCAGAGCGGCCGCUGAGUGUGUCUCGUCCAGGAAAUGCUUCAGUUUGUCUCUUUUUUUUUUCCCUCUGACCUCCACAGCUGUGACUCAGCGUUUCCCCCCUGAGUCACGCGUUUCACUCUCAGCUGUCGCCUCCUUUCUGGUGAAUCAGGUGAACGGCCUCCGGGAAGUUCAGAUGAUUCGAGUAUAACCAAAAGAGGAAGUUUGGAUGGUUUGUUUGUGCUCCGUAGCUACAACUCCUCAAGUGGCUCCAUGUUUGUCAAACCGCAUCAAGUUUCACUUUAAAUUCAGCAUGAAUGUGCUUCAACGGUUUUUGCUUUAAAAACUUUUUGCCUUUUUGUUCGACUGUAUUUUAUCUGAAUGUUUGUUUUAUAUGCCUUAAGGGAUGCUUUUUUGUGUGUUUUUUGUGUCGUAGUGGUUUAAACUCCUGCCUCACAGCCAGAUUGUUCCUAGUUUGAGUCUGCUGGGAGAUGUUUGAGACUGAAGCCACGUUUUCAGGUGAAAACGGUAAAGUCUCGUAGCGUUUUGGGCGUCCGUUUACACGAAAACGCGGCUACACCCGUAGUGACGUGGCAGACGGAUGAUUGAGCUGACUUGGAACCUCUUGAACUCGACAAUCUUUCUGUGUUUUCUGGUCGGUCGCACACGAGCAAUCGCGUCAAUCGCGUCGUUCUUAAACUGCCAUACCCGCAUUGCAUCGACUCCACCUGUGUAUUAAAGACUUGUUUUUUUUUUAUAACCACACGGCUGUAUUUCAUCUCUGUAUCCCGCCGCCUGUCGAUCGGGGACGUUGAUCGGUUUCCUCUGGUUGUUUCGAGGCCUCUUGUCAGCCUCUCUCUAAAACGCGACUCUCAGCCAUGUUGAAUUUUAGCUGCACGCCGGGCGGACGGGCUCGUCGCGGGCGGUGGGGGAAAAAAGCCUUUACCGGUGGACGGACUGCUGCCGUUCUGAGCUGUAAUUCUAGACAACCCAAGUUUGAUUUCAUAAUGUUCUAACGCUACUUUUGUACCAUUAUAACACGAUAAUAAAAUAACACUUAACACUGA